AGAAGGGUAUAGCAGUCGCAGGGUGAUGACAUAGCUGUUAAAAAAUGGAGAGAAAACACAUGUCAGCUUUUGCUUUGUAUCAAACUUUGUCAAUUGACGAGCCUCCCCCUGUUAAGAAGCCUCCACCGCAGGUCCCUGCUAAGAAGAAAAAGAAAAAGGAGAAUGGAGUUGCAGCCAAUAAAGUCAACACAGUUAAAGCUCAAAUGAAGGCAGAGAGGAAGAAAAUGCGAAAGAAGCUCCUGAAGUCUGCACAAAUGGAGGAGAGCCUUAAGGGAAAAACAGAGAAGCAGCAACAGCAGGAGUGCGUGAAUGGAGAUGAUGGUGAGGCUCUGGAUGCUCUGCUGGCCGACCUGGCAAGAGUCAACAACAGCAGGGACAGAGCGAGCCAGCUGUUCCAGUGGCUCAUUAACCCCGUUCCUGCCAAAGCCUUCUUCAGGGAAACGUGGGAAAAGAAGCCCAUUCUUGUUCAACGCAAGAAUCCAGAUUACUAUAAGGGACUGUUCUCCACAGCAGAGUUUGACCGCAUUUUAAGAGAGGAGGAUGUUCAGUAUGGAGUGAAUCUGGAUGUUACCAGCUACACUAAUGGCAAGAGGAGGACGCACAAUCCUCCAGGGAGAGCUCUGCCAUUCACUGUGUGGGACUUCUAUGGGAGUGGCUGCUCCCUUCGACUGCUGAAUCCCCAGGCGUUCUCCUCCACUGUGUGGAAUGUGCUGUCCAUCCUCCAAGAGCAGUUUGGCAGCAUGGCAGGAGCCAACAUAUACCUGACACCACCUGGAACUCAGGGUUUUGCUCCACAUUAUGACGACAUUGAGGCGUUUGUGGUUCAGCUGGAAGGGAAGAAACACUGGAGAGUGUACAACCCAAGGACAGACGACGAGGUCUUACCUGUCCUCUCAAGUCCCAACUUCAAUCAGGCAGACAUCGGGAGGCCAAUCCUGGAAGUGGUGCUGGAGGCAGGAGAUCUUCUCUACUUUCCAAGAGGAUUCAUCCACCAGGGCGACUGCCUGCCAGAUGCUCACUCCCUGCACAUCACCAUCUCCUCUUACCAGAAGAACAGCUGGGGGGACCUGCUGCAGAAGGUGGUUCCAGCAGCACUGGAAAUAGCAAUGGAAGAGGAUGUGGAGUUCAGGCAGGGCUUACCUGUGGACUACCUGACAUACAUGGGAGUACAGAAUUCUGACAAGGAUGACCCACGCAGGACAAAAUUCUUCUCACGAAUUGAGAGCCUGAUAAGGAAGCUUAAAAAUUACGCCCCGGUCGACGCUGCUGUGGAUCAGAAAGCCAGAGAAUACCUCCAUGACUGCCUGCCUCCUGUGCUGACUGCAGAGGAACUGGCCAGCAGUGUUCAAGGAGCACCUGCUAGGUGGGAAUGUGGGCAGGUUGUGGAUGUGGGUACACGUAUCAAUACCCAGACCCAAGUCAGACUCUUGCGUGCUGGAUGUGCCAGGUUAUGCAGCGAUGGAGAAGCUGUUCAUCUUUGCUACACCACAGACAACUCCAGAGUUUACCACAAAGAGGAGCCCAAGAGUUUUGAAAUAAAACCAGAGCACACUGAUGCCAUUGAGUUUCUGAUCCAUUCUUAUCCCAAAUUUGUGACAGUAGGAAGCUUCCCAUGUGAUUCUGCAGAAGACAGGGUUGCUUUGGCCGAGCUGCUGUUUGAGAGGGGGAUUAUCCACACUGCAGAACCACUGUAAUGGCAUCAGAUUCUUCAGUCAUGCUGACUACAUGACUAAAUUCUAAUAGCCUUUAUACGAAAUACAAUAUUUGAUUCAAAACA